UGUCAGCCUUGGCCACGGACCUGGGAGCCCGACGGAGGCAGAGGACCCCCUGGCUGGGCCGGGGCCGUAUCGCCAUCCUCCCAGGGGCAGAGGCCGGGCUCCCCCGGCCCCCGCGAGCCCGGGAAGAGGCCGCCAGCAUGGGGCAGGAAGAGGAGCUGCUGAGAAUCGCCAAGAAACUGGAUAAAAUGGUGUCCAGAAAGAACACGGAAGGAGCCCUGGAUCUCCUGAAGAAACUGAGUGACUACAAGAUGUCAAUCCAGUUACUGCAGACCACCAGGAUUGGGAUUGCCGUCAAUGGGGUCCGUAAGCACUGCCUGGAUAAGGAGGUGGUGGCGUUGGCCAAAAUCCUCAUCAAGAACUGGAAACGGCUCCUGGAUACCCCAGAGACCCCUAAAAAGGAAAAAGCGGUGGAAAGAGAAAAAGAGAAGAAGAAAGAGCAAAAUGUCGACCUUUCGGAUUGGAAACCCCUGGGGGCUUUUUCCCCACAGAGCAGAAGCCCGAGGGAAGAGCCCAAGGACAGGUAUGUUGCCAGGAGCCAGGAUCCACUGGAUUCCACACCUGGUGUUAUCUUUGUUAGACAGUGGGCUGUGUUUGUGGGAGGGAAGAGAGGCUUCCUCGCCAUUUCCCCUUGGGGGGGACUCCUUAACUCCUUAACACAUAUAUAUCAAGAGCUGAAGGGCACAGACAUGAAAUACCGGAACAGGGUACGCAGCCGGAUCAGUAACCUCAAGGACCCCAGGAACCCCAACUUGAGAAGGAACGUGCUGUGUGGGGCCAUCUCCACCAGCCUCAUUGCCAGGAUGACAGCAGAGGAAAUGGCGAGUGAUGAGCUGAAAGAGCUGAGGAAUGCCAUGACCCUGGAGGCCAUCCGAGAGCACCAGAUGGCCAAGACAGGGGGCACAACGACUGACCUGUUCCAGUGCAACAAGUGUAAAAAGAAGAAUUGUACCUACAACCAGGUGCAGACAAGAAGUGCUGAUGAGCCCAUGACCACUUUUGUCUUAUGCAAUGAGUGUGGCAACCGCUGGAAGUUCUGCUGAGUGGUUGCUGGUUUGGCCUGUGGUGGAUGCAUCAAGGAAGCAUGAGGAAGAAACCACUUAGAUGACCUGCCUAGAACAAAGAGAGAAACACAAAAAUUAGAAGGGGGUUUGGAGUGGUAUAAAUUGAAUAGAAGAAUCUCCUUAGAAUACAGAGCCAGCUUUGACCUCCAGCCUCAAAAGGAUUCCUUAGUGAGUUAAAAAGGGCAUUUUUAUUGGGAAAGCCCAAACUCAAGACCUAAUCCUUCAGGAAAGUAGCAAUCUGGACUUAAUUAAGAGUUCACAUUUAUUCCCAAAUUACAAGGAUCCUUAGAGGGUCCAGAGAAAUUAAACAACAGACUGUCAGAAAUGAGAGGCAUUUUAGGACAUAGAAUAUAUCAAAACUUGGAGCAGCCUCAGGAUGUAGAAUAUUAGAGCUAGCAGGGAUUUUUGAGACUAUCUGGCCCAUCCAUCCUCAUUUGACAGAUAGGAAAACUGAGACCAGAGAAGAAAAAUCACUCACCCUAGAUGGCAGAGAAAGCGACUAUCAGAAACUAAACUAGACCCUGAUGUCCCAGACAUCCACCCCGGGGCUCUUCUCCCUGUACCAUCCUGCUUCUGGAAAAACCAGGACAUUUGAAUCCUUCCUCAGCACCAAGUUUCUUCUCAAGUUCUUCUCCAUGAAAAAUAUCAGGAUGUCUCUCUCCCGUCGCUUCCUUCACCUGGCAACCUACCAGUGUAUCAUUUGGUCUCAUGAUAGAGUCAACAUAAUUCAGUGGAAACAGAAGCUGGACGUGGGGUUCAAAUCCUGCCUCCGGUGCCGGAUGAUGUUGGAGCAAGUUCCUUAACCUCCGAGCGCCUCACUAUUAUUUUAACUGUCAAAUGGAAGGUUUGGAUGGGUUGGUCUCUGACAUUCCUCCUUGACCCAGGUCUACGAUCCCACAAGGUUCCCUUGAUAGAUCACUUUAGCAUUAUGAGGUUCUCUCCCUCAUGUUUUCCUAUAUGACCUCUAUAUGACCUUCACAGCCAUCCUGUGAAUUUUAUGACCAUUUUUCAGAUGAGACAACUGAGAUUUAGAGAAAUGAAUGAGCUCACAGGUCCUAGUGACAAAGUUAGGAUGUUGUGCCCACAUCCUCCUGACUCUCAUUCCACUGGGUCAUGCUCUCCUGGUCUAGGCUGAUGUGACAGCUGGGCAUCCUUCUUCCUAAUUACAAAGGGUCUUCCCGUUCCUUACCCUUGUGUCUUCCUAAAUCCCUCGUUCCCAUUUGGUUUGGGGAGAGGACCUUUGGCAACCCCACAGAUCAAUUUCUAAGCCUGGUCUUUUUCUCUCUAGAGAAGCACAUUCUUCGGUUAAACACAUACCCUUGCCCCCCACCCCCACCCCAGGGCCACAGUCUAAGAUGGGACUCGCCUCAGCUAGCUCCCCCCAAGCAGUGGUGUCAGGGCACACGAAGAUUUGAGUUUCAUUAGAGUGUCCGUGCAAGUUCUCCAAAGAUGCCCUUUUAUGCUUUCCUCCCUGAUGCCAUUUCCUAAUUGAUGGAAUGAUUUAGGCAGAAAUGAGGCUUUUCUCAAAAAAAAAAUCCCAAGGCAGGGGCAGAUAGGUGGCUCAGAGGAUAGAGAGGCAGCCCUAGAAACAAAA